UUUUUUUUUUUGGUUAACGAAAUGGGAAAUUGUUGUGGUUCAGAGAGUCAUGAAGUAGAAGAUCAUGAACUUAAAGCAAAGCAAAAUAGAAAGGGAGAAAAGGGACAUACCUUAGGUGGAGAAGCACCUGCUUUAGAAGGGGACGCUUCAAGAGAAGCUAGACUCAAUGCAAUCGAGAAGAGAAGACAAGAAGCUGAGAAUCGCGGCGUCAAAGAAGGUGGUGGUAAAUUAAGUAAACAAUUAGCAGAACAAAAUAAGCAGACAGGACAUUCUAUACCAGUUCGAGAUUCACGUGAUGACCAAUUGACUUGGGACUAAGAGCGUUCUCUUUCUAUUUAAUUACUAUAUAAUAAACCAUAAUGAGUAAUAC